AUGACAAUCGCACCAGCUGUCGUAAAGACUAUGUCAAUUUCAGGAAAUCCGUGGUUCUGUAACAACGACCUGCUGUGGUUCCGGCAGCUACUUCGUGAUAAUCUCGAUAUCGAUAUAGAAAAACCUGGAUGUCUCGCCACGUGUGCUGCGUCACCAACCGGUUGCCCAGCCGAGGGCACUCCGCUGCGGGCAGUCGACUUCUGUUUGGAAAACGAAGAACCGCAACCACUCACUGGAAGAGCGCUAUCAUUAGUUGGAUGGAUCAUACUUGCAAUUAUCAUGACGAUUCUUCUAAUAUCGAUCUGUCUUCUCGCCAUGGUACGAUAUGGUAUGAGUCACCGACGGAAAAAACAAAAGGACCAAGAGAUCGAAGACGAGGCUCGAUUUAUGUCGUCUGCAGCAUCGAUGUAUGGCGGUGGUGGUAUAUCGGCUAUAGAUCGCCCGUACUCCACUCUACCACCGGUAAAUCUCGAUCUACCACCUGCUCACACUCUUGACGAUCGGCCAACUAACUACUUCUAUUGA